GGAGAGCAUUAUGCUGAGUGAAAUAAGCCAGGAGGUGAAAGGAAAUCUUUGGCCCUAGAACUGAGAUCUGUAAGAAGAAUGAAUUAAAAGACAAGAUCUGUGAGGAAAUGAAGUACCUUCCACUGUGGUUGGGGAUGUAUAUUAAACUCCAGGCUCAGGGACGCUUUUUACUCUGAUUCUAUUCAAACUUUCUUGGAUCUGUUCUAAACAGGUAAAACAUUUCUUCCUGGAGUUUUUAUCACACAUACGAUAUCAAUGGAGAAUAAAAGGAAUGUGACUGAAUUCAUUUUAAUAGGUCUUACACAGAACCCCCAAAUGCAGAAAGUAGUGUUUCUGUUAUUUUUGGUUGUAUACCUGGUAACACUUUCAGGCAACCUGCUCAUUGUGAUUACCAUUACUUCCAGCCAGGCUCUGAACUCCCCCAUGUAUUUUUUCCUGACCCACCUUUCCUGGAUAGACAUAAUCUAUUCUUCUUCUUCAGCUCCUAAAACGAUUGUAGACUCCCUUCAUGAGAAGAAGGUAAUCUCUUUCAAUGGUUGUAUGGCUCAAGUGUAUGCAGAACACAUUUUUGGUGGUACUGAGAUCAUUCUGCUGACAGUGAUGGCUUAUGACCGCUAUGUUGCCAUUUGCAAACCUCUUCACUAUGCCACCAUCAUGAGCCACAGGCUGUGCAUUGUCCUGUUGGGAGUGUCCUGGGCUGGAGGAUUUCUCCAUGCGACCAUUCAGAUCCCCUUCACAGUAUGGCUGCCCUUCUGUGGCCCCAAUAUACUUGAUCAUUUCAUGUGUGACUUGUACCCUUUGUUGAAACUCGUCUGCAUGGACACUCACUCCCUUGGUCUCUUUGUUGCUGCCAACAGUGGGCUCAUCUGCUUAUUAAACUUCCUCCUUUUGAUGGUGUCCUAUGUGGUGAUCUUGCACUCCCUAAAGAACUAUAGCUUGCAGGGGAGGCGCAAAGCCCUCUCCACCUGUGUCUCUCACAUCACUAUAGUCAUCUUAUUUUUUGUGCCCUGCAUAUUUGUGUACCUGCGUCCAGUAACCACACUGCCUAUUGAUAAAGCUGUUGCUGUCUUUUAUACGAUGGUGGUCCCUAUGUUAAAUCCCUUAAUCUACACCCUCAGAAAUGCUGAGGUAAAAAAUGCUAUGAGGAAGCUCUGGAGGUCAAAGGUGACUUCAGAAAAGGAUUAAACAGAAUCAUUGAGUAUUACAAAUGAAAGUAAUGAAGGGAAUCCAGUUCAAGCCUCUUAAAUCUAUGGACAAAGCCAUUGACUCACAGAAGAAGUUGGGUAGUACUUGGAGACAGCCAUGUAAGCACAAAGCCAAAAGUUAGACUGGAAUCCAGACUUACUGUCCCCCAACUGUCUCUCGUCACCAUAAUGUACUGCUUCUUAACAAAUAAAUAAUGAUAUAUUACCUGGAACUUUGAAGUAUCUUUAGAAGCUAAAAGGUAUGGAUCUAGAAUACUGGAUUGGUGUUAACAUAAUCUCAUUAUAUACCAUUGAGAUGUCGGUUCCCACUGGGAUUCCAAUCUCUUGGGAAAGGUGUAGUCACUGCCCAGUGGGUGGGGAGGUUUCAUGGGGUUCCUUGGGCAAGAACUAUCUCAUGAUACCUACAUAGAGACUGAUAGGCAAGAAAGGGACUGGCAAGCUGGGAGUGACCCACUGGGGUGCUGGUGGGAUGAGGGUGGUGAGCAAGGAACUGUGGUCUGCAUGGGCAAGCAGGAAACAACUCUGUGGGGUACAGGUGGACCAGUGUUCUAGUCAUUCAUUGGCUGCUGCUGAUUCCUGGGAUGGUAAGGCUGUGAGCUAUUGGCAGC